GCGACAUCUUGGUUUAGGGCACGGCGUGAUUGUGUUUACUGUGCUAUAGUAAAGAAUGAUUAUAAUGAGUAUAUGAAAGCGUAAACGUAUCCGUCUUCUCCCAACUUUACUUAUAAAACGCUAAAGGAGAAGCGCUUGUGACGUGCGCUGGACACGCCUUCUUGACGUGAACGUAGUACGUGGUGACGUCACAUUCAACAUGGCUGCGCCCGUGAGUGACAUUUUGGUCCUUACCGGCUAGCAUCCAUGUUUACGUAAGUGUCCGACUUUUUUGGUGUCUCUGCUGAGGAGAUCUGUGAUAUUUCGUGAGUUUUGGCUUUCUGAAGCCUUUAUUGUACAUCAGGUGAAUUUGAAGGACUGUGGGUAAUCUGUAUAGGCGGACCUGGUGUCGUCCAAGGGAACCAAAAAUGCUUCUUUUGAGUCUUCGCUCCAGCCUGACGCAAUGUAGAGUGCACGCUGUGCGCUUCAUUCACUCAGCAGGAGGCAAGUCCUCCAACGCUCAGUGUAAGCACGCAGUCCAGAAAAGAUGGAAGAGCAGCAUGGUGUCAGAGGUGGCCGCUCCGUCAAGAGCUGCGGUUGGGUCUGUACCAAACUCUGCUGCUGAACGUGUCAUGGGAAAAUGGCUUCUGGCGUGCAGCGGUAUGGUAGCUGGGGCCGUGAUCCUUGGGGGAGUAACAAGGUUAACAGAGUCCGGACUUUCAAUGGUCGAUUGGCACCUGGUAAAAGAAAUGAAACCACCGAGUUCACGGGAGGAAUGGGAGGCAGAGUUCCACAAAUACCAACAGUUCCCGGAGUUCAAAAUUCUGAAUCACGACAUGACCCUAAAUGAGUUCAAGUUUAUUUGGUACAUGGAGUAUUCCCAUCGUAUGUGGGGGCGAGCAGUGGGCCUGGCCUACAUUUUACCCGCCGUCUACUUCUGGAACAAGGGAUGGUUUAACCGGGGAAUGAAAGGACGUGUGCUGGGCCUCUGCGGGUUUGUUUGCUUUCAGGGUCUGCUGGGCUGGUACAUGGUGAAGAGCGGAUUAGAAGAGAAGCCGGAUUCCUAUGAUGUGCCCCGUGUCAGUCAGUACCGCCUGGCUGCACAUUUAGGUUCUGCCCUCGUCCUCUAUUGCGCAAGUCUUUGGACAGGAUUAUCUCUUCUUCUCCCUAAACAUAAGUUAGUUGAAACAAGUCAGCUGCUGAAGCUCAGGAAGUUCACACACUGGACGGCAGGUCUCGUCUUCCUUACAGCGCUCUCAGGAGCCUUUGUGGCAGGACUAGAUGCCGGUCUCGUCUACAAUUCUUUCCCUAAGAUGGGGGAUCGCUGGAUCCCAGAUGAUCUUCUUGCGUUCUCUCCAACCUUGAAAAACGUCUUUGAAAAUCCAACCACAGUUCAGUUUGAUCACCGCAUCCUUGCAAUCAGCUCUGUAGCAGCCAUCACCGGCUUAUAUUACUAUUCCCGGAAGAUUCCUCUGCCCCGAAGAGCGAGGCUCGCUGUGAACUCUCUCAUGGCUGUGGCUUAUUUACAGGUUACAUUGGGCAUCAGUACUCUGCUCUUGUACGUCCCAACACCUCUAGCUGCCACCCACCAGUCCGGCUCCCUCGCUCUCCUCAGUAUGGCUAUCUGGCUCAUGAAUGAACUGCGACGUCUUCCCAAAUAAGGGACCAAUUUGAUAUCCAGAUUUGGGAUCGUUAAACAUUUUUAAUACUUCUCCUUCAUUGACUGUAAUAUCAACAUAUAUAUAAUUUACAUAGUCCAAAAACGAAAAAACUAUUUCUAUGUACAUAUGUUUUACCUUUUUGUUUCCUAAUAUAUUAUUUGUAUGGAACUUUUUUUCUUCUAUAAAUCCAUGGAUUUUCUUGUUUGGAAAACUCUUUGCUAACGUAAGAGAUUCAGUAAAGCACUUAUCUUAUUUAUGUGAUCAGUUGUGA